AUGGGCCAAAGAGUGGGACGGCCAGAGAGAAGCAAGAAGAUAAGGCUGGAAGAAUACCAGACCAUGACUGCCGAGGUGGAGGAGGAGGAAGAAGAGGAGGAGGCAGAACAUACCAAGGAUGCUGCACAGAAACUCAGUCAGAAGCUGAAAGCCAUAUGCGGAUUGGCCGACUUAAGGAAUGAACCCGUUGGCCUGUACAAUAUUGGAUUCAGCUGCUGCCUCAACUCUUUGCUUCAGGUUUUCUUCAUGAACAGACGCUUCACUGCGAUACUCCGGAGGAUUAAAGUGCCGUAUGAAGCUGAGGAGCAGAAGUGGAGCGUCCCUUACCAAAUGCUCUUGCUCUUGGAGGAGAUGCAGCAAUGCAGGCACAAAUCAGUGCAUCCCAUGUGUCUUGCCAACUGCCUUUCAAAGCACAGAGUCAGAUUGUUCGUUCUUUAUGAUGCCUCUCAACUCUUCCUGAUUCUCUGGAACCUCAUUAAGAGCCAAAUCACAAAUUUAGAUCUGGCGGAAAGUCUGACGGAUCUGUACACCAUCCGCUUGCGAGAGUACCUGGUGUGUCAGAAGUGCUCGCUGGAGACAAAGAAGAACAGCAACAUGCUGAUGCUCCCCCUUCCAAUGUUCGAUUAUGAUUCUCAUCGGGUCAAGACCUUGGAAGAUUCGUUACGUUGCUUCUUUGCACCAGAACAUCUGACGGAGGACAACGUGUGCUACUGUGAGCGGUGUGACAGGAAAACGGCGUGUCUAAAGGGCAUGAAAGUAACCCAUCUACCUCCAACCCUGACGUUGCACCUGAAGCGUUUCUGUUCCAAGCACGGCGACAGGACUCAGAAGAUUGGCCAUUACUUGUCCUUCCCUCAGAAUCUAGACUUCAGCCAGAUCCUGACACGAGAACAAUAUCAGCCAGAGGCUCCGGAGGAGGACAGCGGGUUGUAUGAUCUCUUUGCCGUUGUUGCACACUCGGGAUCAGCCAGCUGUGGCCACUACUGUGCAUACAUUUGGAGUCUCACGGAUCGCAAGUGGUAUUGCUUCAAUGACUCCAGCGUCUGUCAGGUGUCCUGGGAUGACGUCAGGUGUACCUAUGGCCAUUCGAGUCUCCGCUGGAGCGAAACGGCCUAUCUUCUGGUUUACCGGAAAAAGGAGUCAGCAGCUGCAGUCUGAUCCAUAAGCU